AUGGAGACCGAUGAGCAGGGCAGCUCGUCUCAAACGCCGUCGGCGACGGAUGACGAUGGGCUGGCCACAAUUCGCGUCAAGACCCUCACCGAUCAUCAGUGUUUCAUUCGCGUUGAUCCGAAUGCAACAAUAUCGCGAUUUCGGGAGCUCAUCGAGCAAGAAAUGGGCAUUCCGACAACAGAGCAGCGCAUUAUUUUCCAGGGAAAAGUGCUCGAUGUGGAGAAAUCUCUUGCCUUUUAUGGUAUAACCGACGGCUUGACGGUCCACAUGGUUGACCGGAGCCCGCCGACCAAUCUUCAAUCUUCUUCUUCUUCAUCGACAUCUUCCAAUUCGAAUUCUAAUCGUGUGAGGGCCCAACCGCGAGAUGAAGAUCCAUAUCGGCGAAUUAUGCCGCACUUUCAUAAUCUCUCGAUUGAGCAAACUUCAACAUCGCGCCAUCCAUCGGCGCGUCGCCGCGCCGUUCACAUCAACUGGAAGCUUUUCGUUGCGCCGACGAAUAUAAGUCGCGAUCAGCUGGAAAGAAGAGUGCGCGAUAUGCUUAGAGAUCUUCCAUUUUUGACGGAAACCGAUCGGAAUGGCUUUGAAGUUUUUUGGCGAUCACAAUCUGAAAUGCGAAUCGAAUUGCCAUAUAUGCGCUCACAUUGUGCAUCGCCAGCUUUGGAGCGUCUAAUCCUCCUCGAAUCCAAUCUUGAUCAAUUUGCUGCGUUUUUAGAUGUUUUUAUGGAAACUGGUGGUCUUAUCACAAUUGUCAACAAUAUUCUAGAGCUUGUUCAAUCCGGUAGUCUUGAGGAUGAUCUGACUCAGGAGCAGCGCAAUGCGCUCUAUGAUCAACUCACAAAUAUCGCCACUCGAUUUGAGUCGAUUCAUACGGUGGUGCCAAAUAAUCGUCUCAGAUUGUAUGAGAGAUCGCGUAAUUCGACAGAAGCUGAGCUAGAGCAAAGAUUCGAGGCCGUCGUCGAGACCGAACGAAAUCCUUCGUUUGUGCUUCGGCAUGCGCUUGACACCGAGAUGAUGCCGGUUCGACGACGCCUUCGUCGAGAAUAUCAGCGUUUCGUGCAACUCGAGGAGCUAUUCGAGCGGGUUGUUGAAAUGCAAGCGGUUCCGAUGGUCCGCGCGACGGAUGCUUCAUUUGCAACGAGAGACUACCGGUAUGCGGCAUUAGCGAUAUUCAUAAAUUAUAUGCAUCGAAUGCAGCAUUCAUAUGCGCAUAUGACACAUUUAUUAGCGGACCUUGAAAUUCCAUUCGGAAACACUCGGUCACCUACUCGUCUUCUUCCCCAAUAUGAUCUUAAUCGUUUUCGUUUGUCGUUUGCUCAUUCGGGUACUUUUAUCAUAUCAUUCACCGAUCCGCACGAUGCUCAACGCGAAUCGGUGCCAGUUUCUGCGAUCUUUCAACCACCUAGACUACGGAGUGACGUGGCUCGAUGCCCGCGCGGAGAAUGGCCGUUUUUGACAUUUUUCCCGACGGGAGUGUUCCAGGAGAAUCAGUUGAAUGAGCCCGAACCGACGGUGAUUGAAGCGCGAUUCGAGCCGAUGCCUGAUGGAACAAUGCGAAUGAUCGGUUCGCCGACGACGACGACGACAAUUACGGCGCGCGGGAUUGCCGAAUUCACCACGCAUGUCACUGCAACGGUGGGCAAUCCGAUUCCGGCGCCUCAACUGCGAACGAUGAUAGCGAAUCCGAGUAGGCCGGUUGAGACGACGGCGCCACCGACAGAUCCCGAAGAGCGCGUCAUAACGCCGGGUGCGCCGAUCUCGGGACGAAAUCAGACCGAACCGAAUCCGAACGAUCCAUUUUUGAUGGUGGGACCGGAAACUGAAUUGAUGGAAUCGCUGCCGAUAGCGCUUCAUCCGAACGAGUUGCAAAAUUUCGUUCGCAAUUUGGCUUCGCGGGUACGAUCGAGUGUCUAUUUGCGUAUGGCGCGUACGAUAACGCAACGAUUGCGGAGUGCAAUUCCGGCGUGGGAUUUGCGUCUCGAUCGAGCGCCGGUUGUUGUGCUCCGCGACAUGUUCCAAAUCGUUCUCCAGUUCGUUGCCAUGGCAGCGCCGAAUGCGCGCGAGGCUCAAAAUUAUGUGAUAGCGUUGCUAUCGAACGAGGACAUAACGGUGCGAGUCAUAAUUGAGUCUUUGCGAGCAUUUUUUGUGCACAACGAGUUUCCGACGCAUGUUGGACGCUUGAUUUAUCCCGAACAAGUUGCGGCAACAAUUCGCGUCAAUAUUGAUGCGGAGCCGGACCGAGAUGAGGAUGAUGAUCAGCCGCCGCACCUUGUGCCGCAUUUCUUUGAAGAUACGAAUGUGGCCGAUCCGUCGCGAAUUCGCGCCAACUUGAUUGCGUUUGAAAUGGAUGACGAGGAUACGCAUGAGGAGAGGAAUAUUUUCAAUGACUAUGAUGGAAUAAACCAUGAGAUGAUGCGUCUAGCGACAGAUAUCUCGCAGCCGGCUCGCGGUAGUAUUCGCGAGAUUGCGCUACGUCGGAGAGAAGCGCGUGAGCGCAAUGAGCGUCGAGCAUCGGCUUCGGAGGGGCCAUCGUCUUCAACAGCGGCACCAGCGGCAUCGUCAUCGUCGGGAGCGUCGUCAUCAACAACAUCGUCUUCAACAACAACGAGGCCGGGAAGAUUUGUUCGACAUCAUUCUGAUCGUCGCAACACGACCGUCGGAUCAUUGUCAGAAACGCUAGGAAGUUUCAUAGACAUGAUUCCGCUAUUAAGAACUCAGUCAAUGCGUCAGGGAGGCAGAGAUGCCAAUUUAAGGGAACGACCGGCGGGAAUGCCAAUGAAUCAUGGUGAAAACGCAAACGGCGAAAGGGUCCACCGACGGACACUUUCAUUGGAUCCGUUCCUUACUUGCACCAAUCGCCACAAUGAGAUCAUGCAAAUCGAGCGAGCGCAACCAAGCGAGAUUAAUCGAAUAACGAGAGAAUCGAUGAAUCCGAUUCCCGACUGGAAUGAUUUCUAUAGAACAUUGAACAUUCCUUCGAGAGAUUACGAGACGGCUGCCGACGAUGAAGAGUAUAGCUAUCAGGUACAACGAUUUGCGAGCGGUGAGGUUGUCAUCGAGAAUUCGGAAGAGGGCUUGGAUUUCAUAAUUCGUCUGAUUCGGACCGGAAUGCGAAGCUUGUUCAGUCAUUUGGUGGAGAGCGAUGUGAUCAUUGCGUUAAACAAUUUGGAUGUGAAUGCGUUGUCAUCGACAUCGCCAAGAGCGAAUGCGUAUCAGUCGAUUCUCGAGAGCUCUGUGUUUCCGCUGCCGUUGCCGCGCGAAGCCACAUUCGGAUUUGGACUUCGUUCGCGAACUGAACACGACAUCGAACGUGAAGACUAUGUUCGCGAUCGAGCUUUUCGUGAUCGAGUCAGAAGGAAUCAAACAUCGAUUGGCUCCGAUUCGAACGCGUCCGACAUCGAUCGACUUCGCGAUGAAUUAGAGAGAACGUUCGAGCGGGGAAGUCUAGAUGAUUUGGCGGCUAUCGCAUCGUUCGUUGUACAGUAUCACGAGCUUGGAUCGCGUUGGGAAAUUCCGUCAUGCUUCAUUGGGCAUAUGCUUCGAAGUUUCCGUGUUGAUGAGCAUCACUUCAGUUGGUUUGAGCCGGGCUCGUCGGCAUCACUUGCCAAUUAUCUGAGCACUCAAAUCGCCAAUGUUCAACAGUAUGUGCAGACGCGCUUGCUGAAUGGCAACACAUCGCCAACGAGUUCUGAAAUUCGCGAAGCCGCCGAACGCGCUGCUGGAUCGAUUGAUUUGUUCACGGAUGUGAUGUCGCAUUGGAUCGAUGCGAACGUGAACAACACGGCGACAAUAAAUGAUCGAACGUAUAGCAUUCCGUACCUGCUGAAUCGAUUGGAUGUGUCGACGAUUCACGAUCUAAUUCGAUUGGUUACCAAUACGACACCGGAGAGAUUAGAUGCGGAACGUCAUACGCUCGGAAUGCGUUUUAUGAAUAUUAUUAGCCGAUAUUUGGGUGUUGGUGUCCGCAUAUUAGAGCGUCGAAAUGUUGCCAGUGGCUUGGAAAUGCUCCGAUUUGCCCUUCCGCGAUACGUGGCGCGUAAUAUAACUAGUUCGGAUAGCAGAAAUCAAUACUAUUCGACAGCGUGGAGGCAUAUUUUGUCUCGAAUUGGUCGCAUUUAUCCUCCCGGCGAUCCUCAAUCGACGUCUCAAUUUCGGGUGUUCCUCGCGACACUCGAUAGUAGUCCGCAAUCGCCGAGACGAUCGCCGACGGUCUCGCCGUCGAUGACGCGCACCGAUUCGAACUCGCGAAUGCUUGAGAGAGAUGGAAGCGCUGAAGGCGAAUCGUCGGCGAAACGGCGAAAGCAAGAGCGAAACGAGGAUGAGGAUGAGAGAAUGGAUGAGGAAGAUGGUCCGAGUGGAUCGAAUUCAUAA